UUGGAUAAACUGGUGUAUUUAAAAAUAUGAACAAUAUAAUGAAAUGUUUACCGUGGCUAUUAUAUUUGAUAGUAAAUGUUACAGCUAUGUCUAUUAAUGGUUCUGCAUUAAUGAGAUACGAUCCCUGUGGAUUAGGGGUCAUAUAUUUUGAUAAGAUAGCCGAUCGGUUGUGGAUGGGUGCUAUGAAUUUUGGUCUCUAUAGUAAUUUACCAGACACGCUGGUUGAAAUAAGUUUUGGAAAAGAAGUAUCUAUAUUUUCGGAUAAAUCUAUCACUGUCUUUAAUGAUAUAAGCAACAAAAAUAAAUUUAAACUUAUACCUCAUGACAGCAGCGUAAAAAACUACAAUUUCUAUGCAGCAAUUCUGAGCAACAGCGACAACACAGAUACAGAUUUUCCUCUUGUAACUGAGUUCAAGUUGAAUAAUGUUUCUUUGUGCAAUGAAGAAAUAAAGAACUCAAUGACAAUCGAGUCUUUAAAUGUAACCGAAAACGAGGACAAUAACUACCAACAUGUGUGUGGGAGAAGAUCGUUAGACCAUACCGAAUUGGUAUCGGUGAGGACCGAAGCCGACGCUGGAGAUUGGCCAUGGCAUGUUGCGAUAUUCAUAAGGGACCUUAACACAACCGAGGAAGAAUAUUAUUGCGGAGGCAAUAUCAUAUCUAGGACAGCUAUCUUAACAGCUGGACAUUGUAUGCGGAAAGACGGGAAAACUAUUGAAACGAAUAGAAUCAAAGUAGUCGCUGGGGUUAGCAAUCGUAAUGAUCUCAAUCAGAUUGGAAGGCAGACUUAUUUUGCUGAAGAGGCAAUACUGCAUCCAAGUUACUCUGAUAGGCUUGCCGUUGCAGAUUUAGCUGUGAUCAAAGUGAAUCGCUUGCAGUACACAAAAUAUGUGCAACCGAUUUGCUUGUGGGGACCAGUCUAUGAUAAGGAAAAAUUAUUUGGAGUUCAGGCUACGGUUGUCGGAUUUGGCCAAACAGAGACCAACGAGCCUUCAAAAGUUUUAAGGUCAACUUACACCAUGAUCCAGAAUGACACAACGUGUCUCAACUUCUCAUACAACGUGUACCGGGAACUCCUCAAUGAAUUCACAUUCUGCGCAGGAUAUGGGCCUUCGUCCAAUAUCAACCCCAGAAAUGGUGACAGUGGUGGUGGUUUAGUGCUUGGGGUCCUGCAGCCGGACCACCGAAUCAGCUGGUUCCUUCGAGGGGUUCUCUCAAAGUGCGGGGUAUCCCCAGGGCACAGGGAUUGCGAUCCCACAUAUUACGUUGUUUAUACAGAUGUGGGUCCAUAUUAUGGCUGGGUUUACCAUCAUUCAGGGUUAAAGUUUACUGUUAAUAUUCCUAAUUAGCUUUUUGGGUGGCUCAAUGAUUGUGAUAUUAUGAAAAAUAAUCUAAGGGGCGUUUUUGCCGAGGCCAUAUAUAGUUUUAAAAUAUGAUUAAAGAAAAAAAAAUAGAAGCUCAAUAAAAAUAUUAUACAAAGAGAUGAAUUAUUGAGGAAAUGCGUAUUAGAGAAGAGAUAUAAUCUUAUCUGAGUAAAUUUUGAUAAAAAUAAUUGAUUCGCAUUUUAAAUGGGGAUAGAACAAAUAAUCAAAUGCCUAGUGAUAAAUAAUUUAAAUUUAGUUAAACUUGUGAUAAUAAUUUCUAGCUUUUUAAACUUCACAAAAUACUUAUAAGAUGGUAAUCUCUAUUUUGUACUACCAACACAACUUUUUGUACGUAUAUCUUUAUAAUAAUGUAAGGAAAGAUCAUACGAGUAUGUCAACUUGUUUAUUUAAUAUUGGUUUCAUAUGCACUCGUGACAACACACAACAACAACAACAACAAUGUGCAACAACGUGUGAAACUCUUAUGGAGUGAGCACAUAAAUAAAACAUUAAAACUAUUGAAUCUCA